CAGUAAAAAAACAGAUUAAUUUCAAACAAAUUUAUCAACCAACAGAAAAACAAAAACAAAAAAAUGCUACGAUUUUGAAAACAAAAAUUUGUUAAGAUAGAAAGAGAUCGUAAGUUGUCGUUCAUCUAUAAGGGAGGCAAAAAAAGAAAAAUUCUUUCUUAUUAGAUUUUCAAAGUUUUCAAAAGAGAGUGGAAAUUCUUCAAGUAAAUUCAUCUUUUUCACCUUCAUUAAAUUUCUUAUUUAUGAAGGUGAAAAUAAAAGAUUAUCAGGUUGUGAUUUUAAUUAAAAUUUUAUAAUCAAAAGAAAUUGAGUUAUUGUUCACGCAUAGAUGACUAAUAAUGUUAACAGGGUUUCAUACCCUAACAAUGGAGAAGGAAAUAAUGAAGGGAAAUCGUCAAUGUUACCUGUUGUUAAUGGAGGAGGAGGUUUCGAGGAUGCGGUCAUGAAACUUGAAAAUGAGCUGUUUGAUUACCAAUAUAAUAUGGGACUUCUUUUGAUCGAAAAGAAGCAGUGGGCAAAAGAUCUUGAAGAAAUCAGACAAGCAUUGGUAGUUACCAACGAGAACUUAAAAAGAGAACAAAUGGCACAUUUUAUAGCAUUAUCUGAAAUGGAGAAGCGGGAUCAAGAAUUAAGAAAGGCAGUGGGGGUUGAGAAGCAAUGUGCGGCUGAUCUUGAGAAAGCUUUGCAGAAGAUGCGGGCAGAAUCUGCUGAACUCAAAUACGCAUCUGAUAGAAAAAUGGAGGAGGCUCAUGCUUUGGUUCUCAAUGUUGAAGACAAAUCAGCAGAGCUCAAAAUGAAGCUUACAGCUGCAGACAAUAAGUUUGCUGAAGUGAAUCGAAUUAGCUUGGAGAUGAAAAGAAAAUUGAAAGAAGUGGAAGCUCGUGAAACUGCAAUUCGAAGUGAAUACCGCUCUUUCAUUGCAGAGAGAGAAAUACAUGAAGUUACUUUGCGUAAACAAAAGGAAGACUUGCAAGCAUGGGAACGAUUGCUACAAAAAAGAGAGGAAAGACAACUAGAGAGCUGGAGGAUCCUUAACCAAAGACAUGAUCGAGGCAAUACGAAUUGCAUGACUCUUACGCAGAAACUAAAGGAUCUAGAAGGGUCUCAAAGAAAUAUUGACACUAACACCUUAAAUUUGAGAAAUAAAGAAGAUGAAGAAAACAUAAGGCCGGCAGAUCCAGCUUCGAAAUUGGAGCAGACUGAUGUUGCGAAGCUAAAAUAUGACGAAUUACUUGAAACAACCAAAAAUCACAAUGCUGGGGGAACACUAAAAGUUCAGAAGCUCCUUAAUGAUGCCGAUCUUCAAAGAGAGAAAAUAGAAAAAUCUUCUGUAAAGUUGGAAAGAAAAGUUGUUUCAAAAGACAAGGAGCAAAGAGACUCGAUACAUAAUAAGGAUAAAAUUGGCAAUCAAGAAUAUUCUUCUCUAGGACAAGAGACAAAAGACCUUCUUGACAAACGAAUUCAAAUGCAUAACGAGAUACAAAAUUUGAAUGUAAGUGAAGAAGAAAAACACAUACUUUACUGCCUACAAGCAGAACUGGAACAAGAAAAAUAUAAAUGUAUACUUCAACAAGAAUUGUUGUUGAAAGAGCGUGAGGAUCUUAAGCAGGAGAAGGAAAAUUUUGAGAAGGAAUGGGAAAUGUUGGAUACAAAAAGAGCUGAGAUUGCAGAAGAGUUAAAACAUGCCAGUAAAGAGAAAAAGGUACUAACAAAACAUAUCAAGAAGGAAACAUUGAAAAACGAGAAUAUGAUGACACACGAUUUCACGGAGUUUAACGCUCUCAGUAUGGAGAAAGAACCACUCGGAAAAUGCUUAGAAAAUGAGAGAACAACAUUAGUUGAAAAGGCACGGGUCGAAUACGAGAACAUCGUACACAAUUUUGAAGUCUUAAAAAGAGAACUCGAGGUUGAUUUCAAUAUAAGAAAACAUGAAGUAGAGAACCAUCUUUUAAAACCAAAUAAAACAUUGGAAGAAGAAAAGAAACAAGAAUUGGAAAAUAUUAAUUAUAUAAGAGAAUUAGCUAGGAAGGAGAAAGAGGAAAUGAAAGAGGAAUGGAUUAAGAUUGAAAAAGAAAAAGCAGAAGUUGUAUGUAACAAAAAAUAUAUUGAGGAAUAUCAAUUUGAAAUGCAAAACUACAUAAACAACCUUGAUUUGAUAGUCAAGAAGCUCAAAGAUCAACGAAAAAAAAUUGUAACAUCACUUGUAAAACUGAAGAAUUGUGAAAGCUGCGGACAAGUGAUCAGUGAACGCAUCUUUUGUGAUAUCCAAGAUUUCCAGGAAUCUGAAGAUUUAAAUAGCAUUCCUCUGCCAAGGUUGAAAAAUAGAGAAACAGCUCAUGCUGGAUUUUGUGCAGAUUUUACUCCUACAAGUGAUAAUACGUCUUGGCUUCGAAAAUGCACCUCAAAGAUAUUUAGAUUCUCUUCUUUUAAGAGAAAUGAAAAAAAUACCACUCACGGUACGACUAGGGAAUCACUCGCACCUAUUAUGAAAUUUAAUAAAGAGGCAUCAACAGGAUUAUAUGCAACAGUAAAUAUGACAGACCCUUCAACAGGAUUAGAUGCAACAUUAAAUAGGACAGACCCGUCGUCAUCGAGUAAUAUGUUUGAUAUGCAAGAGACCCAAUUGAAUGACAGUGCAAGAGCACAUGUACAUGAACUUUCACAAUAUGUAGAUACAUUGAAUAACAAGACUCAAGAAGGUACAAAUAAUGUCAAACAAUCAAAACAAAAGACUGUACGAGGAAAGCCAUGGCCAAAGGGCAGGCCUAGAGUUAGGAAAUCACAGAAAAUGAAGGAUAUGACUGCAGACUCCAAUAAAGAAGAAUUUAUUGAUGUCAAUGGGGAAAUCCAAGGAUCCUUUAAUUUUUCAGAUAAAGGGGCAAAGACUGCUGGUAGAAAGAGGAGUUAUGUCAAUGCUUCUAAAACCACUAUCAAUGAACAAGAUGUUGAUAACAAUGAAAAUCAGUCAGAUGAUUUUGAGCAUGGUAGUCCCAGAGAGAGGUUACAAACUGUUGUUCUCGCACUGGAAACUCCUUCCAAAAGACGAUACAAUUUUAGGAGACCCAAAAAUGUAGAAAAAGCUGCAGCGGACCGAAUACCUAGCUUCAGUAAAGGAAAAAUGAAAAUGAAAGAAACUGAUAAUGACACGGGCAUUGGGGAAAAAGUUUGUAUACCUGGUAGCGAAAAUGAAGCUACCACACCAUUUGUGAAAUCAGACAUUAUGGAAGAUCAUUGUCUGAUAGAUAAAUCUACUAGAGUGGAAUUUGGAGAAGAAAAUGAUGGUAGAAAUUCUUGUUCAAUAUCCAUCGCAGAUACUGAAUACGUCUACGAAGAUGAGAUCAGCAGCGAAUUUAGUGGAGAAAUUAUGCAUGAAAAUAAUGAGGACUGGGAAGAAGAUGAAAACGAUGAGGACCAUCUGGGUAUGAUAAUAGGGAGGAAGCUAUGGACCUUUUUUACCACGUAAAAGCACCAAGAACCAUCUUUUGUAGGCUUUUGUAGCAUAUGUUGUUGCUGAGAUGCUUGGUGAUAAGGUCUGGAUUUAUUUGUUGUUUGAUCGAUAAGACGAAUUGUUAUUUGGUCCAUAAGAAAAAAUUAUAGCCAAUGGGUCCAACCCAAUAUAUACAACCAAAAUGGGAAAAUAGGGAUACUAGAAACAUUUAGCGUAAAAAGUGGAUUUACUUGUGAAACUGUCUUUUGGAGUUUCUCCAAUGGUCAUUCCGUGUGAUUCCUAUAUGGAAACCCAAACAAGACAUUCUCCUUCCUAUUUUUCCUUAACGUUAGGGAGGAAUAAAAAUUCAUUUUCAAUAAUGGUGUAUUUGACCUCUUCUUUUGAUUACUAUGAAUUUUAUUUUUCAUAA